AGAGAGAGAGAGAGAGAGAGAGAGAGAGAUUAAACAGUAGAGAGAGUGAAAGAAAGAUAUAAGCAACCUCGUGUAUCAGGUUGCUGGCUGUUGUUUGGAUCGUAUUGAAGAUGAGCAUGAAAAGUUGACAGUCGGAUCGGCUCCAGUUUUAACACAGGGGUAACAGUUUAAUAAUCCCAUAGCAACACGUGAAGCCGAUAAUGAGUCUCCUGACGCAGCUCAGACUGUUACUGUGGAAGAACUUCACCCUACGGAGAAGACAGAGGGUGCGUUUGGUGGUGGAGUUGAUUUGGCCUCUGUUUUUGUUCUUUAUUCUUGUGGCGGUCAGAUCCACCAAUCAGCCUGUUUACAAAGGAGAGUGCCACUACCCCAAUAAACCCCUCCCUUCGGCGGGCGUGUUGCCAUGGCUACAGGGCAUGAUGUGUAACAUUCAGAACCCGUGUGUGAAUCACCCGACACCAGGUGAAGCACCGGGGCAGGUGAACAACUUCAAUGACUCGAAGGUCUCAAAGGUUUUGAUUGAGGUUCAGUCACUCCUGGCAGACCCCACCCUCUUCAACAGCAUCAAACUACUGGCUGGAGACAUCAGCCAAUGGGCUUCACUCCUGCAGAAUGCCAAUCCAAACAGUGGUCAAUCCAUUCCACUGCGCAGUUUGCUGCGAAACAACGAGACGUUCACAGAAUAUCUGAUGACCAGCUUGAACGUGUCGAACACAACAGCAGCAAACCUGACGAGAGUGAAGGUUCGACUCGGACAGAUAUCGACGCUGUCAGGUGGAGGUGAUUUACGCUCGGUGCUCUGCAACUCAUCUGUUGACCAAAUCCUGGAGUUUAUUUCCCCCGAUCAAAAAGAGCAGUUCAACAACAUCACAUGCUCUUUAACAGCAAAUCAGUUUCGACAAACCACGCAGGCUUUCAUGCAGAACCUCGACAACAUGAAACUAUUAACUGCUCUUCCAUUAGCGCUGGGUUUGAACCGACUGGAGGCCAGCGCGCUCAUGACUCAAACCAGCGCUCACAUUGCUCCUCUGAUGAUGGGGAUGUCUAGUUUCCAGAUGUCAGCAUUGCUGAAUGUUGCAGAUGGUUUAAACUUCAAGUCCGAUCCGUUCGGCAGCAUCAAUUUGCUGAUGUGUGGAUCAGGCUUUAAUUCAACAUCCAGCAACACCAGCAGAUCCGCGGUCAACACAACUCAACCGAGCACAAGUGCGGCAACAACAGAAAACAUCAACACGACCAACACAAACAGCAGUGAUUUCUGUACGAACUUGACAAACACAUUACAGAGCUCAUCCGCCAUGCGUUUGUUCUGGAGUACCUUCCGUCCGUUCCUGCAGGGAAAAAUCCUUUACACUCCUAACACAACUGUUACACAGGAAAUCAUUAAAGAGGCCAACCGUACGUUUGAUGCUCUGGCUAAAGUGGGCGAUUUGGCGGAUUUGUGGCUGCAAAACCAAGCGGAGAUCUGGGAUUUUUUCGACAACGGCACGCAGAUCAACACGCUAAGGGUUCUCCUGCAGAAUCCAGUGUUUGCAGCUGUCCUUGAUCAACGGCUGCAGGGUACCGGGCUGUCCUCGGCAUUGAUCGCCAACUUCUUGUUUAACGGUCCUGAGUCCGAGCGUCCUCCAGGAAUGCCGCCGUUCGACUGGCGAAACGUCUUUAACGCCACCACUCAGGCAGCAGAACAGCUCACUCAGAUUUUAGAGUGUUUUGAUCUGGAUAAGUUCGAAGGUGUCAGCAAUGAAGCUCUGCUCGUCCAGCGUUCUCUGAACCUGAUAGAUCAGGACAUGUUCUGGGCUGGAGUGGUUUUCACAGAUCUGGGUAACGACCCCAGUGACCCCAGGCCUCCGACACAUAUCAAAUACAAGAUCCGCAUGGACAUCCAGGAGACCGAGAGGACAGACAAAGUCAAGGAGAGGUCCUGGUACCCAUCGGCCCGUGAUAACGCUUUUAAUGACCUGCGGUAUGUCAGAGGUGGGUUUGUGUAUCUACAGGACAUGCUGGAUCGGGGAAUUGUUCGGGUUCAGACUGGAAUCAGCCAGACGCUUGGAGUAUACGCACAACAGAUGCCGUACCCAUGCUAUGUCGACGAUGCGUUCCUGCGGUCUCUGGCGCGCUCCCUGCCUCUCUACAUGACGUUAGCCUGGAUCUACUCUGUAGCGCUCAUCGUCAAGGGCGUGGUUCAGGAGAAGGAGGCGCGUCUGAAGGAGACCGUGAGGAUGAUGGGAUUGAAGAGCUCCAUCUAUUGGUUGAGCUGGGCCAUCAGUUGCAUACUGCCCCUCGGCAUCAGCGCCGGCCUCCUCACUAUCAUUCUGAAGUAUGGAAAGGUUUUGAGAUACAGUGACCCUUCGGUGAUCUUUGUCUUCCUCCUGGUCUUCUGCGUGGCCACCGUCAUGCAGUGCUUUUUCAUAAGUGUGUUUUUCUCCCGGGCGAAUCUGGCUGCCGCCUGCGGAGGUCUCAUCUAUUUCCUGCUCUACCUUCCUCAUGUGCUCUGCUACGCCUGGAGGGACGUCCUGGGCUUCGGCGCCAAGAUCGGCACGAGUCUGCUGUCGUGCGUGGCCUUCGGAUACGGCUGCGAGAAUUUCGCCCUUUAUGAGCAGCAGGGCAUCGGGAUUCAGUGGAGUAACAUCCGAGUGAGUCCACAGGAGAACGACCGCUACUCCUUCAUCGUCUCCAUCUUCAUGAUGCUCUUCGACGCUCUGAUCUACUGGAUACUCACCUGGUACAUUGAGAACGUCUUCCCGGGACAAUACGGUAUUCCAAAGCCGUGGUAUUUUCCAUUUACAUCCUCAUACUGGUGUGGAACUCGAGUGGGUUCUGAUGCAGAACCUGACCCAAUCAAAGAACUGGAAGACCAGAGCGGAUACCUGGAGAAGCCUCCCAUGAGCAUGAAAGCAGGCGUGUGCAUCCGGAACCUGGUGAAGGUGUAUAAGACGGGAAAUAAACUUGCCGUUGACGGACUCAGUCUGGACUUCUAUCGGGACCACAUUACAUCAUUCCUGGGACACAACGGUGCUGGAAAAACUACAACUAUGUCAAUUCUGACAGGUCUCUUUGCUCCCACUUCUGGUACAGCCUUUAUUAAUGGUUACGACAUUCGCACCGAUAUGGACACAAUCAGGAAACAUCUGGGAAUGUGUCCACAACACAACGUCCUCUUCAAUGAUCUGACAGUGGAGGAACACAUUUAUUUCUAUGCCCGACUGAAGGGGCGGAGCUCUAAAGAGGUGAAGCGUGAAAUAGAUCAGAUGAUUAAAGACGUGGGUCUGCCUCACAAACGCAAAGACCUUGCCAAGAACCUCUCAGGUGGGAUGCAGAGGAAGUUAUCUGUCGCCAUAGCAUUUGUGGGCGGAUCCAGUGUCGUGAUUCUGGAUGAGCCGACCGCAGGAGUGGAUCCGUAUGCGCGCCGAGGCAUCUGGGACUUGCUGCUCAAAUAUAAAAAAGGUCGCACUAUAAUCUUGUCUACCCAUCACAUGGAUGAGGCAGAUAUUCUGGGCGAUCGCAUUGCCAUCAUCUCUCACGGACAACUCUGCUGCUGCGGUUCAUCUCUCUUCCUCAAGAAAACAUACGGGAGAGGCUAUUACCUCACCGUUGCGCGGGCCAAUCAAGAACAAGUGACAUCACAAAGCACCCCCAAAUCUAGAGAGUGUGAUAAAUCCAGCGUCGAUGAGGGAAUCUGUAGUGACAUUGGCAGUCUGGACACACCAGAUUUGGCCGACGUGAGUCGUCUGGUGAGACGGCACAUGCCGGAGGUGGAGUUUCUGGAGAUGAUAGGUCAAGAGCUCGUGUUUUUACUGCCGUACACGGGCGCCACCGAUGGCAGCUUCGCAUCUUUGUUUAAAGAGCUGGACCUGGAGAAAAAGGCUUUGGGCAUCACCAGCUAUGGGAUUUCAGACACAAGCCUGGAAGAGAUCUUUCUGAAGGUGGCUGAAGAUACAGGUGUUGAUGUGGGAUCUCAAGAUAAGAGUGAAACUCUGAAAAAAUUGCACAGAAGCAGCUCAAGGGUAUCAGGAACACAGACCAUCAGCUCUGCACUCGAAUGCAAAGCUGCAGACACCGUGAAAAAUGAUGCGAAGGUUAGAUUCACUCGUCGAGUGGAGGACACACAGCGCCCUAUGUGUGCUAAUGGAAAAGGAUCAAGUGUCAUCACAGGAUGGUCAUUGAUCAGACAGCAGUUUUUUGCUCUAUUUGUCAAGCGAUUCCACCAUGCCCGCAGAAGCAGAAAAGGAAUUAUUGCUCAGGUGGUUUUGCCAGCGUUUUUUGUGUGUUUGGCUCUUAUCUUCUCUUUGAUUGUCCCUCCGUUUGUGGAGUAUCCCAACCUGGAGCUUCAGCCAUGGAUAUAUGGAGCUCCUCAGAACACCUUCUACAGUUUUGAUGAUGCAGGUGUAGCUCAGGUGAAGCAGGUGACAAACGCUUUGCUCAAAAACCCUGGAUUUGGGACCCGCUGUAUGAGCAGCAACCCCAUACCUAAAUAUCCCUGUAAUCCAGCGGUCGGCACUGAUUGGAUGACCCCUGCGGUAGAUCCCUCCAUCACUGACAUCUUCGAAAAAGGGAACUGGACCAUGAUGAACCCAUCACCUGACUGCCAAUGUGGGACUCCUCAACGGAGCAUCAUGCUGCCGGACUGCCCGCUCGGAGCCGGAGGAUUACCACCACCUCAGAGAACUCAGAACACAACGGACACGCUGCAGAACCUCACGGCCCGAAACAUGACGGACUUUCUGCUCAAGAACUACCAAAAAUCUGGAAAAAUACGAUAUGGUGGGAUCUCUGUGGGCGGUGUGAACUCACAGGUCAAACUGAACGAAUCUGAGAUUAAUGCCAUACUUACUGAUCUCAAAUCAGCUUUCAACAUCUCACAGAGUAACUUGACUGAUCAAGUCUUUCAAGCCAUUCAGCUGCUUCUGGUUGAACUGGGUACAAGAGACAAUGUGAAGGUGUGGUUCUAUAACCAGGGCUGGCAUUCACUUGUGUCUUUCCUGAAUGUGGCCAGUAAUGGGAUUUUAAGAGGGAAUCUGCCCGCUGGAUUCAAACCAGAGGAAUAUGGAAUCACCACAUUUAACCACCCGCUGAAUCUGACCAAAGAGCAGCUCUCAUUCGCAGCACUGGCAUCGUCCUCUACGGACGUAGUGGUGGCGAUCUGUGUGAUCUUCGCUAUGUCCUUCAUCCCGGCCAGUUUCGUCCUCUUCCUCAUCCAGGAGCGUGUCAGUAAAGCCAAACACCUGCAGUUUGUCAGCGGGGUGAAUCCAACCAUCUACUGGCUGGCAAACUUCGCCUGGGACAUGUGUAAUUAUGUGAUGCCAUGUCUCAUCGUCAUCGUCAUCUUCCUGUGUUUCCAACAAAAAGCGUACGUCUCUCCACCCAACCUGCCCGCUCUCAUACUUCUGCUGGUGUUGUACGGUUGGUCCAUCACUCCGAUGAUGUAUCCCGCAUCCUUCUUCUUCAGCGUUCCCAGUACAGCGUAUGUGGUUCUCACCUGCAUCAAUCUCUUCAUUGGUAUUAAUGGCAGUGUGGCAACAUUUGUCAUGGAGAUGUUUGAUGACCCGAAUAUAACAAAGAUCAAUGACAUAGUGAAACAGGCUCUUCUGGUGUUUCCUCAUUUCUGUUUGGGCCGAGGGCUGAUGGACAUGGCCAAAAACCAGGCCAUUGGAACCCUCUACCAAAACCUGGGUGAAGACCGCUUUCAAAAUCCUCUCGGCUGGGACAUGGUGGGGAAAAAUUUGUUUGCCAUGGCCAUUCAGGGGGCUGUAAUGUUCUCGCUGACCUUACUCAUUCAGUACAAGUUCUUCUGCAAACCUAUGUCCAUAAAGACAUUUCCAACGUCUACGGAGGAAGAGGAUGAAGAUGUAGCUCGCGAGCGUGCCCGUGUGCAGCAGGGUGGAGCUCAAAACGACCUGCUCCGAAUCUGUGACCUCAGUAAGAUGUAUCGUGUGAAGCCGACUCCAGCUGUGAACAGAAUCUGUGUUGGCGUUCCUGCAGCAGAAUGUUUUGGUUUGUUGGGGAUUAAUGGAGCAGGUAAAACUACAACCUUUAAAAUGCUCACUGGCGACAUCAGUCCGACAGCCGGAGACGCCUUCCUGAACGGAUACAGCAUCCGCAGUGAAAUGCAGUUGGUGCAGCAGAAUAUGGGCUAUUGUCCUCAGUUUGAUGCCAUAGACGACCUUCUGACGGGACGAGAGCACCUGGAGUUCUACGCUCGACUCCGAGGUGUGCCGGAAAAAGAGGUCGCCAUGGUGGCUGAGUGGGGCAUUCAGAAGCUCGGCCUUGUGAAAUAUUCAGAGAAGUCUGCAGGAACCUACAGUGGUGGGAACAAACGCAAACUCUCCACUGCCAUGGCUCUGAUUGGCUGUCCUCCUCUGGUCUUCCUUGAUGAGCCCACCACAGGCAUGGACCCCAAAGCCAGACGUUUUCUCUGGGACUGUAUACUGAGUGUCAUCAAAGAGGGUCGGUCUGUUAUCCUCACCUCACACAGUAUGGAGGAAUGUGAAGCUUUAUGCACUCGCAUGGCCAUCAUGGUGAAUGGAGAGUUUAAAUGUCUGGGCAGCAUUCAGCAUCUAAAGAGCAGGUUCGGAGAGGGUUAUACUGUGAUCGUUCGCAUGCGUGCGGAUCAGGCCGAUCUGGGUGUGGUGGAAACAUUUAUGCGCGAGACGUUUCUCGGAAGCACUUUAAAAGAGAAGCAUCACAACACGCUGCAGUACCAGAUACCGCAGGGAGAGGGCGCUCUGGCAAACAUCUUCAGUCAACUCAGCAAACAUCAGGAUACUCUGGGUGUAGAGGAUUACUCUGUGUCACAAACUACACUAGACCAGGUGUUUGUGAGUUUUGCACGUCAGCAGCGUGAUGAAGAGGACGGUGCAUUUGAUAACUUUGUAGAUAUGAGUGAUGAGACCCAAACAUCUGCAACUUGAAUCAAACCGGCAUCUGCUGCUACACUUAUUUAUUUACUUUACAUCACAAUCUCCAUGUACUGUACCUAAAUAAUGUUAUAUUUCUAGCUUUACUCCAAACGUUUGAUUUAAAAACACAGCCAUUCAUGAAAAACUCAGGGGUAUUUUUAUAAAGAGAUUAUUUUAAUGACAAAUAUAUAUUCAGAUCUCAUAUAUUCCCAUAUUUUACUGCUGAAGUGUGAUGUUUUAUAUAUAUAUAUAACUAUAAAAUCGUUUAUAUUUUUUGCCAAAUCUAAAGAGAUUAUCAAAAAUAUGCUCUACAAUGUUUGAUGAUUUUUUUUUUUGUAGACAAAUUGAAAUUGCGUAAACGAAUUACUUUACGAAACUAAACUGUGAAGAAAAAUCAAUCAAUAAUUGUGUUUGAUGAUGUGAAAGCUUUUUCAAUGGUGUACCGUCACUGUCCCGCAGGUGGGACCUUUGACAUGACAUAUUUAUAACAAUAAACUUUUAGUCUAAACCUACACUAAUCUUCUAAGCUCUAAGAAUGUAGUUUUCAUAUAUCAAGGCCAUCUGAUAAUAGAAAUUGUAUAGCGGCAGUCAUUUUGUUAAAUGUCACUGACCCCGUAGGAAACAUAUGAAUUCUUAUAUAUUCAUAUUUCUAAUAUUCUUCAAAUGAAUCUAUGAAUCUUUAAAAAUCUUGACAACCUACAUAUUAUUGGAAAGCUCAAUGAAUGUAGUUUUCAUAUUUCAAAACCUUUUGCAUUAAUAAUAUUGCAGUGACAGUAAUUUAUUAAUUUAUGACAAGAUUAUGCAGCUAAACAUUGACACCUAGUGGCAUUUAUUGGUAAAACCACUAAAAGUGUGACAGAAACCUCUUUUUUUGUGAUUUUUACUUGAAAUUUGGUUCAGAACUAGUUGAUACUUUGUAGCAUUUUGGGUGUAAACCAUUUUUAUUUAAUAUUCACAACUCCAAACACUUGAAAAAUGUUAAAGAGACCAAGAUUUACUUCUAGACCAAAGAAUGCCAGAGUCCACCCCCACUCAAAAGGGGGUGACAGUUAAAGGGUUAAACUUCCCAUCAUGCACCCAUGUAAGACACAAUGGGAUUGCUUGUUUAAUGAAUCAUAUUUGCAAAACAUUUAAGUCAUUGUAUGAAUGAGGAGAUAUGUUUUAUUCUUAAAGACAGGGGAAGAGCUUCAGUGUCAUUAUUAUAUUUUAUUACAUUGCACUUUUAAAACUCAGGAAUGAAAUAUGGUUUGCUUUAAUGGUUCCCAGACAGUUUUGCUUCUGGUUUUAUGCAGUAAAAGUUGUCAGAGAUGACACACAUAUUAACACUUACCUGUUUUCAAUCCUGAUGUUUGUAUUCACUCUCAUGUCUCUGUGAAUCUGCUACUGAGAUGUUUGUUCUGCUUAUUGCUGCUUUACGCACACACACACAUUAAACAUUUGCACACUC